AUGACUGACUUGAUACAGGACGAUGAUCAGAAGAUUUUAUGGGCAAUAGCCGCUUUGGCUUUAGUUGUGACUGCAAUACUGACCCUCGGUCACAUGACCCUUCAUGCUAUAUACUACUACCAUCGAGGAGCGCAAAAGCAGGUUUUGAGAAUCAUUUUCAUGCCCCUUGUCUAUGCUAUCGCAUCUUUCCUCGCAUUCCGUUACCUCAAAUAUUUCGCCCCGCUCGACCUAGUAGCUGGAGUAUGGGAAGCAAUCACGGUGGCUGCUUUUCUGCUUCUGAUCUUAGAGCUAGCCAUGUCGAUUGAAAGAAAGAUCGAGCUAGGGCGACAAGACGCAAUCGAAAAGAAGAUCGAGGAGCACGUUUGGUGGCUUUGCUGUUGUGGAAACAUUCAUCCGUCAAGACCAUAUUUCCAGCCUCUAAUCUUCUUGUCGGUCUUGCAGUUCGUGGUUGUUCGUCCGGUCAUUGCGAUGGUCACUUUCUACCUCGAAGUCAAGAACGAGGACUGCGGCACCAUCAGCGUGGUGUUAUCCGCCUUGAACGCCAUCUCGGCCUUAGCGGCACUCCUAGGUCUCAUGUUAUUCCAACACGUCUUGAAACAUGAAUUAACAGAGAAGAAGCCGUUGAGGAAGGUCUUGUCCAUCAAAGUUCUUGUGGGCCUGGUGAUAAUACAAACCAAUGCGUACUAUAAUGCGGUGGAACAUGGCCACGCUUACGAAGCAGCUCUUGUGGUGGUGGAAAUGGUCUUCUUUGCAGCGUUCAUCACACCUGAUAGCCGCGCAUUUCCAAAAUUGGAGCACUAUUCAGAGAAAAAGGCCGGACACACUUCUCCACCAGCAGAAUCGGUGCUUCGUAAACCCAACGGACGGUACGGUUAUUGGAGAGCGGUCCUCGAUGCUGCCAAUAUUGUGGAUUUCUUUUGGGAACUCGGUCGCAGCGUACGUUUCUUCGGUCGUAUCGCCCUAGAAAAGGAGAAAUCUUUCAUUCAAACGCACAGACUGAAUAAGUUACAUCAUGCAGAAUCAGGAGAUAAAAACCCAAGACAUAAAAAAUCAGGAUAA